CAUUAAGUUUAACAAUUCACGUUUUACUCCGAAAUUCAAUUUUUGAAUUGGUGUUACUUAACCAUUGUAAUGAUUAUUUUUUUUACGGUUUAGACAAAAUUAGGUGUGUUGUUGUCUUUAGAAAGUGAUGAAGCUUCGUAUGUUUAUAUUUGUUAAUAUUUUCCAAGUGAAGCUUACGUGUGUCGUAGCUUUGUAAACAAUGAGCCAAGCAAAUUUGAGUGGGAGUUCCGUUGAAGAAGACGAUGUCUUCAGCUCUCAGUUUGCAGCCCUUCUUAAACCAAUUCGAGAGCUUACCAAGCAAGGAUUUUGGGAGCUGAAUAUUGCUGACAAGUUGGAAGAAUAUGUCCAGUAUAUUCAAGAUUUACGUAUUGAAGUAAAUGUCAAUGGCGAGCAAAUGAAAUUAGAUUUUGCAAAAGCUGCUAUGGUGGUGCAAAAUAGUACACAAAUCUAUAGCAAAAAAGUUGAACAGUUAUGGCUUUUACUUCAAGAAGUAAUAGAAUUUUUAAGCUCCAAUGGCAACAUCAAUGAAAAUGAGGAAAAUCAAAUCUCGGGAGCAAAGCCCAAAAAAAAUUCCCGCAGGCGACAUCAUAAAGGAGAUAUUGAUCUUUUAACAGAACCUGUUCCACUCAAGUUUCGAAAAUUUGGAUCGAAGUUGAAGAAAAGAGGAUCCAAAGAUACAAAAAAGAUGCAAAUUUUACCAUAUGAAAUCUUACAGCUGGAAGAAGUUAUAGGAAGUUCAAAUCCCUUAAAAAUCAAACUUUACACCCUUUCGAAUGAGCACUUGGGCUACCCUUCUGAUCUUAGAUCCAAUUUCCCUUUUGACCCCCAUAAUUUGUUUCUCAAAAUUCACCAUGCAUAUGGUAUAAUUUCCCAUUCCGAGACCCAUGGCGAAAAUCAGGGUGAGCAUUGCGAUGCGGAUUUAAUCCAAAAUGAACCAAUAGCUGCCGUUACACCAAUUAAUUCAGAUGAAAUAGAACUAGAAGACCAAAUUCCUAAUUUAGACGAUUGGCAAAAUGAUGUAGACCAUGUAUCUGGCAGCGAAAUUAUUCCGCCAGCAAUCGAGGAACACGAAAAUUCUAUUGACAUGAACGGAAGAGUUGUUGAUAGAAUGCGUCUACGAGAUAGAAUUCCUCCUCCUAUUCCUUCUGAAAAUCAAGAAGUAAUAGAUCCCUGGAGUGGUUUGGAGCCCUAUUCCGAUGGAGACACUGUUGCGAAACCUUGUGGACUUCCAAUUCGAUGCAAAGUGCCCUUGUCCUUAAGGAAGCGCAAAGAAGUAGGGAAAGAACCGAAGUAUGAAGAAUCACUUGUUGAUAUCGAUGAAUUUUUGGGGAAAUGCCAAAUGCUAAAAAAGCCCGUACUAAAAUGCUGCCAACCUGAUCCCGAAUUUUGGGAAGAUUACGUUCACUUCACCAAAACAACUGGAACCACUAUAAAAAAGCAACAAAAAAUUCGUCCUGAAAAAGGAAACAUUCCAGCGGAAAUUGGAGAGCUGCAUCGAGACGAUCUCAUUAAUAACAAUGAUGAGGAUAACGAUGGCCCUGAUGGAGAAGACAGAUUUAACGAUUCUGGUGCUCUCGAUUUUUCAAGUGGCAGUUUCCAUGCCGAGGACCCGGUGGGAUCUACGAGUCCAACGAGAGAAUUGGAUGAAUCGAAACAAUUUUUCGAACUUGUUCAGCAGUUUAUGGCCGAGUACACUGCCUCUGCAAAGGAAUUUGUUACAUCGACUGAGUCAACUCGUCGUGUACAAGCUUGGCAUGAGAUGAUACAACCCAGACUUCAAGAGGCCGAAAGUCGUCGCGAUUUCGACAUCCAUCUCUAUGGUAGUCGCAUCAUAGAAGAAUUUGGAUCUAAAGCAGCAAUAGGAAGCCAAUGCUCCUUCACAAAAAUUGUGAGAGAUCAACCAAAAAACGAAGUAGCCCGCUACUUCUUGGCCACCCUUCAAUUGGCAAACGCGUACAACGUCGAAAUUCAGCUACAAGACGCAUUAAGUUUGGAUGGUGUCGAACUAAAGCUCUUAUCCCGAGAGAGGCAUCACGAACAUAUAGAUGGUUUCGUCUAGUCAGCAAAAGAGCAUGCACCAUUCAGGGAGAGACGGCCAUGUCUACAUCGCUGACGUCUUUUUGGUUACCUCCAUCUUUAGAUAUCUCUGUGAUGAAGAAUGUAAACAUUGGCAAGGGUUAUCUUGUUACCACAACUUUCGAGAAUUAUACUUUUACAUACCGUGGGACAGGUCCGAAA